CUGUCUUGUGAACUCCGACGCUGUCUCCCUCGCUUUGUCCUCGCAAAGUAACUCGGCAACGACGUACAUAUCUGAGUCCUUGACUGAAGGAGACCACUACGAACCUCUCGCCAAGUACCUCAAUGCACGCCUGAAACGCGUGCGCAACGCCUGUCGAGUAAUCGUGGAUUCCAAGGCAGAGGUCUGUGUGGGCGAGACGUCCUUUCCUGCCCUGAAAGACGAAUCCCGAUUGCUUCCCGAGCUAAAUUUC